ACUGAGUCAGUUCAAACGCUUCCUGGUGUGAAUGUUGUCUGAAAACCACUGCGGUGUUGUUACUGUGUUUCUGAAUCCAGUCAUAUACAGAACCUCAGCACUGUAAAUCAGAGCAAGUGGUCACAGUUAGCUAGCGUGGAAAGGCAGACGCAUAAAGGAAAUACAAAAUGAAACAUCGCUAAUUUAUAUAUUUUGUACAACAACUAAACCUAGGUUUUUGUUAGGUGAAAAGCGAAGGCGGUGCAAAUAGGCAUCAUUUGUUGAGUUGGAGGUGAACUAUGUGGAAAAACGUGUGGUGAGAGAAGGAAAAUGGGUUGUCCACGGUUUCUAGGUUCAUAGAUUUAAGAAAAAAAUGAAAUAAAAUAAAUGGUUCCUGCAGCAUUUGACAGUUUCGCAGGACACUUAAGACUUGAGUGAUCUCUCAGUGUACAGAAAAUCAGACAAUUGACUCCAAAGCGACAAUACAAAGGAGGAAACAGAAAAGGCAUGUGAACCGAAACAUAUUCAAUCGAUCGACCAAGCUUAGAAAAUAUGUUGGAGAUUUGCGCGGUGUCUUACUGCGUUUAGACUUUUUUUUUUAGUUUUAUUACUUGACUUUUAGAAAGAAGGUUUGGCAACACAGACUGCACACUCCUGCAUAUAUCUUUCUUUAAAAAGCGUUACCGUACAAACGGUGAAUAAGUACAAUCGCAGAACCAAUGAAUGGGACGGAUCUGAAUUCUGGGAACAAACCGGGAAAGCAUUAGAAAAUUGACAGAGGAUGAGCUGCUGAAAUGCCACUGACAACCAAUGAACUGUCAGCCUCCAAGUGGACUCCUGCUCUGCCAGAGUGCGGUAACAAUGAUGCUUGCUGAAGGCAUUCUUGCAACCCUUCCUGCCUACCCUUGGGAAGAAUGGUUUACUCUGCUUAACUGCCCCCUGUUCGGGCAGAGGCCUCCAGUGGUUUGCUAAAUUCCAACAGUGAUGGCUAUUUGAACAUUACUCCAUAUUCCAGGGUGCAUCUUGCACUGGUCAAAGGUUUAUCAGAGAACAGUUUGCUACUGGCAGGCGUCUCCAUGGAGAACAACACAGUGUCCCCUUACUUGCAGGAGAGCUUUGAGGGCCUCAGUGCGCCCUUGCAGAUAUUCCUUUCCACCGUGAUUAUUUUCAUCCUGCUGGUGUCUUUUCUGGGGAACGUGGUGGUCUGUUUGAUGGUCUACCAGCGGGCUGCCAUGCGCUCCGCCAUUAACAUUCUCCUAGCUAGCCUGGCCUUCGCAGACAUGAUGCUGGCUGUGUUGAACAUGCCUUUUGCCCUGGUCAGUGUCAUCACCAACCACUGGAUCUUCGGGGAUGUUUUCUGCAAGGUGUCCGCUAUGUUCUUCUGGCUCUUCGUCAUUGAAGGAGUGGCUAUCUUGCUUAUCAUCAGCAUUGACCGAUUCCUCAUCAUCGUUCAGAAACAGGACAGGUUGAACCCCUAUAAGGCUAAAGUGCUCAUCGGUAUCUCCUGGGCCUUUUCAUUCUGUUUUUCCUUCCCCCUGGCCGUUGGCAAGCCAGACCUGCAGAUCCCCUCCAGGGCCCCCCAGUGUGUGUUUGGCUAUACCACAGAGCCAGGCUACCACACUUAUGUAGUGCUUAUAAUGGUAGUCUUUUUCUUCAUCCCCUUCAUGGUGAUGCUCUACACCUUCUUGGGCAUCCUGAACACAGUGCGUCACAAUGCCAUUCGAAUCCACAGCCACCCGGACAGCAUCUGCCUGAGUCAAGUUAGCAAGUUGGGCCUCAUGAGCUUGCAGAGACCCUUUCAGAUGAACAUAGACAUGAGCUUCAAGACACGUGCCUUUACAACCAUACUCAUUCUGUUUACAGUGUUUACAGUGUGCUGGGCACCCUUCACUAUCUAUAGCCUGAUUUCCACCUUCAACAGUAGCUUCUACUACAAGGCUAACUUUUUUGAAAUAAGCACCUGGCUCCUCUGGUUAUGCUACCUCAAGUCUGCCCUCAACCCAUUGAUCUACUACUGGAGGAUCAAGAAAUUUCGGGACGCCUGCCUGGACUUAAUGCCCAAGUACUUUAAGUUCCUACCCCAACUGCCCGGCCACACAAAGAGGCGGAUUCGUCCCAGUGCCAUUUAUGUUUGUGGUGAGCACCGAUCUGUGGUAUAGCUCUGAACUGAACUAAAAAAAGAACUUUAAACUGCCAACGCAAAUACCACUUACUUGUUUAUGUGCAAUGUAAACUGAUCUAAUGGAAACAUGAUUGUCUUUUUAUAAACGUCAUACCGAAAGAUGUUUCGAGUGCUGUGUAAUUGGUUUACAUGAUGUGUAAAUACAUAUGACCUCUAGGAUACAAGUUUUGUUUGCUUUUGUUUUGUUUUUCUUACUAGUUUUAGUUUUUUUCUUGUUGGUGCCUACGGUUUAGUCCACGACAGACAGUUCGAGUGCUGCUAUAUUUGGUGAAAAAAUGUGCAAUUUCAGUGUACUUUUAUCUUUAGGAAAAUAAAAUACAGACGUUUGUUACAUUGUUAGCCUCGCUGACCAUGUUUCAGUUAUGUUAAUGCGUAUUCGUAGAAGGGGGACUGGUAGUCACACUGGUGUUGAUUGGAAUAUUAGACUAAUGAACUACCAUGGGAUGCCUUCUCAAUGCCUCUAGGCUACAUGGCUUCUGGGAGUGUCAGCCCUUAGCUGGUAAGAGAGUGGUAAACUGCACUGAUAUGUUUUGUCUAAUUUACAUUAUAAAGAAUUAAUUAAUCCCAGUAGACUGUUGUUUAAAAAUGUUCUAGGAGUUUAUAACUGUGGCUACUCUUAAGGAGUCUCAAUUCUCUGUUUUCUUUUGGUUUUCUUUUCCUUCUGGCAAUAACUGCUGAAGGUAUUAGACUCAUUAACCUACAUAAACAGCAACAGCCUCAUCCAUGACAUUAUAUGUACAGAAAACAAGUGUGUUUCUGUGCAGUCUAAUAGUAAAAUGCAAUGUCACCUCAAUGGUACUACAUACAAAUAUGGAUGGUGAAAAUACCUGACAGUUGUAAAUAAAAUGUUUACUAUGAGAUAUAAAACCAGCCUCAGAGAUGCCUGUAUGCUUGUUAUCUAUAAAGCCACUUAAACUGCUGAAGUGGAUAAAUCAUUCAGAGCAAUGGAAUCUGGGAAGUAGAAACACCUAAUUAGACACGAAGAAAGCCCUUUUAGGGGCUGAGUUUCAUAUUCCUUUCAAACCUGUGUUAGGCACUGAUCUUUAUCUUAAGUAUUGGAACUUUAGACAAUAAGAACAUAAGAACAUUCUAAAAAAAAGUAUUCAUAAUGUCCAGCCAAUCGGGAGCAUCCAGCAAUAAUCUUUCACAGGUACACAAUCACUUAACGAGAGAGUUGACCCCUAUAAAAAACAGACAUAUCUAUGAACAGCUGUGCAGCAGUCAGGCUCGUGUGCAAAGAUAAUUAAUCUCAAGAGAGAAAUCUGUUUUACCGAGGAUGAACUGACAGCUCUUGUGGAGGAUGUUAAAGUAAAUUAAGAGACAGAUUUUAUAAACAAUGUGUUUAUGUGAGAGUUCACACCAAAAUAAAAUGAUACGCGCAUUUAACUUUCAUUACCAACACACGCAGGACAAUCUGCUACACGUUCUAAGGCAAUGUUAAAGUAUACGGUUUCACCCAUACUUUAAAUCUUAACACAAAAUAUCAGAACCUGAAACUCCUUUAAGUUAUUUUGACACCCCAAUAAAACAGAAUGGGAUCAAGCAGUUUAAUCCACUUCAAGCAGACUAUCUUCAAUAAUACAAGAUCCCCAGGAACUGAACACAGUCCAACCCCAUUGCAGCGUACUAAUCAGAAGAUCCAGUUAAUUCGUUUAGCGGAUCUGAUCAACCGGGCCAAGUUAGACUGAUCACGGGAACCCAUUGAGCAGUAUACAGAGAACACAAACCAGGGUAUUUGAAUAAUCAUUUUCUGUGUGUUGUCAUGCAAAUACAAUUAGACCAUAUUAUUUGAUCUAAUCAUUGUUUCCCUGUAUUCAUUGUUAGCAUUGACAGGAUUUAAACUAAUAUCUGCCAUUUAAAUGUGGAAUCUGUUGUUCUGUGCCUGCUAUAAAAUAGUGUACACUUGCAGGACAAUGUAAACACACCCCCAUUGCACUCUGCAUACAUGUUAAUGAUUUAUAACCUGCUUGAUUUAAGGCUGUUUCAUAUUCAUACUUUCAAUACUUGUAGUAUGUUUGUGUGUUUAAAAUGCAAACAUACUCCAUCCAAACUGAAAUUAAUAAUUGCUUAAUUUGUAUGGGAGUAUCGAGAAAAAAUGUAUCUGAUUUCUUUGUAUAUUUUAGUGACAAGUCACCAUUUAUUCUGUUACAGACUUAACACAGAUUAUUGUUAUAGGUUAUAUAGGUACAAAGCUCAAACAACAUUACUAUAAACUCUCCUCCCAGUCUACCAAGAAAAACACAAGGAUCAAAAAUAAAAACGCAAGUUUAAAAAGAAAGAAAAAGCUAACCGUACAGUAUGUGAAAGUAUUGUAAAGCACAGUACGAGGAGGUAUUGUAAGCAGAGCAAUAAUAAAAGGAACUCUAUAAAUGCACAGUCUUAGCAUUAGAAAGGCACCUGGAAGUGUAACAUUACUGUGUAAAAAUACCAUGGUGAUUUUUAUAAGGGCUGCAAGGUUGUAUUAAGUUCAAAACACUGAUUAAAAAUAUACAUUAUUCCUGAGUAAUGUAAUACUGACAUAAGGAAUGUAAAGAACAGCGUUUUCAUGUGUAUAACCCAUAUUAAACAGAUGCAAGCAAAUAUUGAGAAGCAGCAGCCAAAUCAGAGCAUGUAGACAAGCGUAAUCUCUAACUUCACAGGACUGACUUAAUCCACCUAAUCCACUGCAAGGGCCCAGUUUAAUACACAGUAUUAAAGUUGAUCUGUCUUAACUGAUGAGGGGUGAGCAAUGGUAUAAACGUUAGUCCAAACAAGAGCAUCAAACUCCCUUUGCAACUGACCUAAUGGUGAUUCCGUUGAUGAUAGUCUCAUGAUGUUUGCAGCAUGAAGUGUAUGAAUACACUGUGGUUUGUGUUACAAAAGCUGAUAAGUGUGUUACAUAUGUCCUUUACGUUAUGUGAUCUCAUGUUCACUGUACACAGCAUUUUUUAAAUAAGUAGGCCUUAUGGUUUCUCACAUUAAACUUAUCUGAACUAAACACUGUACCCAAAUACAGUACAUAAUAAUUUCUGUGUGGCAAGAGCCAAAACAGGACUAGCUACAUCGAAAAGUAAGAAAUAACAUUUAAAAUGCCUUAACAUUUAUUCUGCUUUCUGUGGACAUUAAUAAAAGAACUACAUGUAACAAAUAGCAAAUUGUUAUUAAAAAAAAAAACAAAAAAAAAAACAUAAAUGCUUUUUUUUCUCCACUGCUCUAUUAAGAGAAACAGUCUUUCAGUUCCUCCCAUGCCUCUUGCAGUCGAUACUUGAAUAUAUUACAGAACAAUAAAUAAAUGAAAACUACUUAUUUGUAUCUGUUUUCAAUCAUAAAAUAAAAUGUUCUUUUCGAAAAGCAUACAACUGCAGAAGCAAAUGUGUGUAAUGGAAUCUGUUUAAAUGCUUGAAUAACAGUCUCCUUAUAUCCUUAUAAUACACACUUACAUUGUUAAUAAAUUGAUAACACUUUGUAACACAUUUUUUAAGUACCAGAAUCUAGGGAUACACUUUGUGGAGUCGCCUGUCUUUUCAUGCAUGUAUCUCGGGUAUACUGUGGAGGUUUCAGUGAUACUGAUUGUUAUAACUGCAGGGAUAUUUUUCAUAUCGACCUACUUGUUAGACACAGAAUGCAUAACUGCAACAGAAAGUGUAGACUUCAGCGGAAAUUUAAUUGAGGAGGUGCUUGUUUAAGGUGAAGUCAAGGAAACGUUUAUUGCCAUGUAUUCAGAGUGACUGUUGGGAAGGUGCAGGAAGGUGAGUGAAUGAAU